AUGGCCCCCCCGCGGCAGCAUGCGGGACCGGGCGGCGGUGUCCGGGUAUCCGUCCAGAGCCACGACAGAGUGGGUCUACUGGGAGAGGAUAGGGCAGGCGGCAAGGACUCAGGCGAACAAUUCCUGCAGGGGUACUUGGGCUUGAAGGAGCGCGGGAUGCUGGUUUGCAUGGGGUUAGUGGUGGCCUUAUUGGUUGUGCUUGCGCUUGCGGCCAACCAUCACGCCGAUGAAGAGAAACGUGCCGAGGAGGUUCAUCUGCGCGCAGCAGAAGCCCCAUCGCCAGGCAUGCUGGCCUGCCGCGACUGGGACGUGCGGCUCGCCGGUGGGGGCGCCACGCUGCUGUGCAGCCCAGGGAACGCAGCUGGCCCGGGGGAGUGCGUCCAGGGCACGACCUGGGGCACCCCGCUCGUGCUGAAGGACGGCUCGUACCACCCGGUCUGCGCCCAUGAGUUCGCGGGGGCGAAGCAUGGCGCCGACGUCUUCUGCAGGCAGCUCGGCUACCAGAGCGGCGUUGUCCGCAUCUCGGCCGAGGGGGCCGGCACGUACGCCCGCGGCGCGCUGCUGGUGGAGGCCUGCGCCGACGGCAGCGGCCCGACCCUGGCGGCGUCCGCGUGCAAGCCGGGCAGCCCCCACAGCAAGAACGGCUUGCUGGGCCAGAGGGCGUGCCAAGCAGGGCUGCAGGGGACCGCCCUCGAGGUGGAGUGCUCAGAGCCCGGGGUGGGCGGAGAGCCACCGCGCCGGCAGAGCAACCGGGACUGCAACGACACCCUGCCCGACGACUCCUACACCACCACCCCGCCAGCGGUGCCGCCGCCGGCGGAAGCGGCUCGGAGGCGAAGCGCGCAACCGCCCCGCCGCUUGAGCUGCGGAGUCCGCGGCGUGUGGCCAGCGCCGACGUCCAGAGCGUGUUGA